AUGUCUUUCGACACGACGGCUAGCUUUCUUGGUAGACUUACCUCUUCUGCUAGUAUUCCGCGACGUCAUUCAAUAUAUGGAACAGGUGAAGAUAGAAUUGUAUUAGAUAUUGGAAGUCUAUAUAUAAAAGCUGGGUUUAGUGGCGAAUCUAGACCAAGGCACAUAGUUCCUGUGUAUGCUGGUAACAUGAAGACUCAUUGGGACCCAGAUUUCAAUGGAAGUGGUGGUAUUGCUAAAGCUUGUGGUGAAAGUUGUAGAGUAGUUGGAGAGUUUGCCGAAUUGUUUGAUUUAGAAAUUGGAAAAUAUCCUGAUGAUCCUAAGCAACGCAAAGUUGUUUUAUGUGAAUCACCAAUGAUGCCUGUAAGAUUAAAAGAAUUGAUUGCCAAAGUGCCUUCAAUUUCUUUCGCUCCAUCUCACAUGUUGGCAUUAUUAACAACUGGUUGCACGACAGGAUUAGUAAUUGAUGUUGGACAUUUAGAGACCACUGUACUACCAACUUUUACUGCUCGUCCUUUGACUCCUUUUAUUCGCACAACUCCUUUGGCGGGACGUGCAUUGACAAAGAGACUCAAGGAAUUAAUAUCUACAUAUGGAAGUAUGGUUAUACCUCCAUCAACAAAAAAUGUUCCUGUUCAUGCUAAAUAUUUAACACCCUUUGUAUUAGAGGAUAUUAAAGCGAGAUUUAUAUUUGUAAGUCCUAUAAUGGUAUCAGAAGCAUCAAUUGGAAUUGCAGAAAAAACUUUAGUGGAUGACAUGGAAGCAAAAUAUUUAUCAGUUAGUUCUGCCACAGAUAUUUUAUAUCCUAUUACUAUAAGCAAACUUGGUCGAGAACGUCAAAUGGGAACUUUAAUCAUACCUGGAUGGAUUAGAGAACGUUGUGCGGAAGUGCUUUUUGAAGGAGAUGAAGAUGAAUCUAGUGUGGUUGGAUGCGCACUAGAAUGCUUGUUAAAGACUCCUAUAAAUCUGCGUCGUCCUCUUGCCUCGGCUAUUCUCCUUAUUGGAGGAACCACUUUGCUUCCAAAUUUUCAAUCUAGACUUGCGCAAGAAAUUUUGCGGGCCAUAAACACAGAUAAAAGAUUUACAUCAUUACGUGGUUUAGCAGAGCACAUUGAUUUUUUGGAAGAACAUGGAAGUGGUAAAGUUUUUGGAGCGAAUUGUAGAGCCUGGAUUGGAGGAUCUUUAAUUGGAUCACUCAAAUCUACUGUUGUUGAAAUUACCAGAGAAAAAUAUUCUGGACAAGUUCCUGAUUGGACAACUUCAAAUACUAUUACAACUACAUAA